AUGGAUUGCAAUAUGCCGAGCGGCGAAGCUUUUUGUCGCCAAUUUUUAUACGGACAACGAUUCUUUGAAAAGCAUUUUGGGGAAAGAUGCAAAGUUUUUUGGUUGCCAGAUACUUUUGGUUAUUCUGCUCAGUUACCUCAAAUUAUUCAAAAUGCCGAUAUGAAAUAUUUCUUCACGCAAAAAUUAUCCUGGAAUAAUAUUAAUAAAUUUCCUAAUACGACAUUCUAUUGGGUUGGCUUAGAUGGUAGUAAGGUUCUGACUCACAUGUGUCCAAGUGAGACUUAUGUGGCUCAAGGAACCGUCGAUGAGCUUGUUAAAAGUGUGACUAAUAAUAAAGAUAGAGAAUAUACUAAUGAAAGUUUACUUGUAUUCGGUAAUGGUGAUGGUGGUGGUGGCCCACUUCCUGCAAUGAUUGAAAGAAUACGUCGAUUGAAAGAUAUUGAUGGUCUUCCAAAAGUUGAAAUGGGAUCCGCGAAUGGUUUCUAUGAACGACUUGAAAAAGAAUCAAAGAAAUUGGUCACGUGGAAAGGAGAAUUGUAUUUUGAACUUCAUCGAGGUACUUACACUACGCAUGGACGUAUUAAGCGAUAUAAUCGAAAGUCCGAAUUACUUUUGCGUGAUGUCGAACUUUUGUCGAGUCUCACUCAAUACACGCAUAAACCUUUCAAAUAUCCAAAGGAACAGUUGGACAAACUCUGGAAAUAUGUUUUACUUAAUCAAUUUCAUGAUGUCUUGCCUGGUUCUUCUAUCGAAAUGGUUUAUGAUGAUGCAUAUAAGUUUUACGAAGAAGUUGAAAAAACUGGUGAAAUCCUUCGUGAAGAAGCGCUUGACACUUUAUUUGGGAUAUCAAAAAGCGCCGAAAGUGAACAUAAAGGAUUGGUGACAUUCAAUACUUUGUCCUGGGAAAGGAAUGAAAUCGUCAAAGUUCCGGUUACUGAUGGACUACCAAAUCUGCAACAAUAUAGCGAGAAUAAAAAGGAAGGAUACGCUCUUGUGAAAGAUGUAAUUGGAAUUGGUGCCCAGCGCAUUGAGCUUGAUGAUAAAUCCGAAUUUACUCCAGUCACUGUAUUUGAAAAGGACCAUAGUUUUGUCUUAGCAAACGAAUUUAUAUCUAUAACAUUCGAUAAACACGGUCGUUUGACUAAUCUGCUUGAUCGUAAAUUUGAUCGCGAGAUUAUUCCUGAAGGGGAAUUCGGCAAUCGAUUUAAGAUUUACGAAGAUAUCCCAUUAUUCUGGGAUGCCUGGGAUGUUGAAAUCUAUCACUUGCAGAAAGGACGUGAAGCUGGUCUUGGACACAUCAAGAUUCACGAACAAGGCCCACUACGCGCUUCGCUAAAACUAGAAACAAAACUAACAAAGACAAGUAAUCUCUCUCAAAUAAUCUCAUUGUCUGCAAUCUCGGCAAGGAUUGAUUUCGAGACAGAAGUUUACUGGGAUGAAAAUAGACAAUUCUUGAAAGUUGAAUUCCCAGUUGACAUUAAUCGAGAUGUUGCGACAUACGAAACUCAAUUCGGCUUUAUUCAACGCCCGACUCAUUAUAAUACUACAUGGGACGCUGCAAAAUUCGAAGUAUGUGGACACAAAUUUGCUGAUUUAUCAGAAUAUGGUUACGGGGUAGCAUUACUUAACGAUUCUAAAUACGGCUACGCAAUCCAUAAUAACAUUAUCCGAUUAUCGCUUUUGAGGUCGCCAAAGGCACCAGACGCACAUUGUGAUAUCGGACAUCACGUAUUCAAAUACGCGCUUUUGCCGCACGCUAAUUCUUUCCUGGGAUCAAAUGUCGUGCGUGAGGCUUACCAAUUUAACGUUCCGAUUAUUGUCAGAACUACAUCCAGAGAAAUCGCUGCCUCACUAGAACCUAAAUCGCAUUUCAAGAUUGAAGGCGCAGAAAAUGUUAUACUGGACACGAUAAAACGCGCUGAGGAUUCUGAUGAGAUUGUGUUACGUUUGUUUGAAGCGUAUGGCGGGCAUGCUAAAGCGCGAUUACGAAGCACAUUACCGAUACAUUGUAUCUGCGAAACAAACAUUCUCGAAGACAUGGUUUCUAACAUCAAAUACGAUGAUGAAGAUGGCGCAAUUUUGAAAUUCCGUCCAUUCCAGUUUAUCACGUUAAAAGUUAUGUUGAGAACUCCAUUGUUUUCUUCUACAGUCGCGAACUCGAAAAUGGACAUUAAAUCCGAACAAGUUUUUUAUAAUUCUCAAAACACUCAAUUGGUUUCUGAUCCUUGGCGUAAAUAUCAAAUAGAACAUGAAAUAGGAAGUGGAUCGUUCUCAAAAGUAUAUCUUGCUAUAAACCGAGAGACUGGAAAUACACACGCUUUGAAGGAGAUGCGAGUGGACAGAAACAUAGACUCUGAUACCUUAAAUAAACUAUCGCAGGAAGUUGUGAUAAUGAAAAAUCUGCGUCAUCCAUAUAUAAUAUCAUUGGUUAACUCUUAUAGAAAACCAGAUAAAUUGUGGCUUAUUCUCGAAUAUCUUGACGGUGGUGAUAUCGCGUCAUUUAUCAAGAAAAAUGAGGAUCAAUACCAUGCAAUCGCAUACAGGACACGCUGCCAGCUUUUUGCGAGGCAAAUUUGCGAGGCACUGGCAUAUUUGCACAGUAAAAAUAUUAUGCAUCGAGAUAUUCAACCUAAGAAUAUCAUGAUAACGGAUCGAAAUCAAGAUAAAGUUAAAAUUAUCGACUUUGGACUGGCCAAAAACUACUCGGAUGAUGCUAAUGAUAAUAUCUCGAAUAUUGGCACGCCGACAUAUCGAGCACCUGAAUUAUUCAACUCUAGCAAUUAUAAUUGUGCAGUAGAUAUGUGGUCUUUUGGUGCCGUUUUAUAUCAUAUGCUAAAUGGGGUACCACCUUUCCCUGGUGAAUUUGUGUCUGAGAUAUUUCAUUCUAUCCAACAUAGUGAAGCUGAUUAUUCAAAAUUGGAAAAAAAUCAACAAUUUCGAGCGGUGGAUUUCUUAAAAAAACUUUUAGUUGUAAACCAGGAUUCUCGAAUUACUGCUAUCCAGGCUCUUGAUCAUGAUUAUUUAAAGGAAGCAUAUAAUGGCGAAUAUCUAACCUCUUCACCCUGGGAUAUAGAAGACUCUCAGCCAUUAUCACUUCCUUUAGAAAAAUUUGGAUUGCCUAUCUCAAUAUCUAAGAACAAUGCAUCUUCAGGUAAUAUAUGGGGAGUACUUCAGCCCGUUGAGCCAGAAUUACAAAUAUCCAAAACACCUAUCAUCUAUCUCCGAGACUCAAGCUAUAUAUUAGGACGUGGUCAUGAAUGUUCGCCAAUAUUAACUUUCCCGACUCAUCUUGUUCUCAGUAAUGAACAUGCAUUAAUUUAUUAUGACAAUGGUCAAGCCUACCUUCGAGAUAUCUCGCGAAAUGGAAUAUGGGUUCAAGGAGAUCGCAUUCCAAAAAACGAAGAUAUCUCGUUGUACGGGGGCGAAACUAUAUAUUUUGUAAAGAUACAAA